AGGGGGGGCGUGGUGCCUGUGCUUGCAGCAUGGCAGCUAAGAAGCUAAAGAGACAAAGUGAGCAAUUCUACUCCUCCCCUGAGCCUAAGAGGAAGAAAAUAGAUCAAGAGGCGGACAGAUGUGCCACUGCCUUCUACAGCCAGCCGUGUGAGAGCCUGGCCAAAGCCCUCCUCGGCUGCACACUCGUUAGAGAGACCUCUCCCACUUUACGAUUGACGGCCACCAUUGUUGAAACUGAGGCCUACCUCGGUGGAGAGGACAAAGCUGCUCACUCGUACAAUGGAAAACGAACGCCACGAAACGAGGCCAUGUACAUGGACCCUGGGACAUGCUAUGUGUACUCGGUGUAUGGUACCCACUCUUGUGUGAACGUGUCCAGCCUUGGAGAGGGUGCUGCGGUUUUGAUCCGAGCUUUAGAGCCUGUAACAGGAGUGGAGAAUAUGUACACUCGACGGAAGUCGGCUAAGAAGGACAAGGACUUGUGUAAUGGACCGGCAAAACUUUGUCAAGCUCUGGAUAUUGAUAAGACUUUAAACAAGGUGGACUUGACAUCUUGUGCAUGUUUGUGGGUGGAGCCUAGAUCACAUGACCUGGCCGAUGAUGAUAUCGUGUGUACAGGUCGAGUGGGCGUGAACUAUGCUGGUACUGAAUGGUCAAACAAACAUCUGCGAUUUUAUGUCAAAGGGAACAGAUGUGUUAGCAGAUUAUAAUAAUUACUUUAUCAUUCCAGUAAUUUUUAUUCCAUUAAUUUAAUUUUGUCGUAUGCGACUUUCACAUACCAUGCAUAAGAGACAGUUUUGAAUAAGAUUAUGGAAUGUACA